CCUGUCGCUUUCACGGCAGCACACUUUCUUUACGGCGCCCACGUGUGCUUUGUCCCUGCUGGAAGCUGAAUGGGGGACAGCGGGGAGAGAGAGCUAGCGUUGACCCUGUUCCGUCCCCGUUCCAUUGUUAGGAGUUAAAUAUGGCAGCUCGGUUCCUGUGGAAAGUAGCAGCCAUGGUGGAGAGGCACCGGACUGGUUUUCUGACCAUUUCCUGUGCUGGACUCUUUGGAGCCAACUUAACCUUUCACAUCUUACCAGAGGACACCUUUAGACCGUUGUAUCAGGCCUGGGCAAAAGGGAAGCCGGUGGAGCUUCCAGAAAACGUACAGCAUCUCUUCCAUGAGGUCCUUAUUGAAGGCAGAAUACAGUCAGGAAAUCGUUACCGAGCAUUUGUGGUCUUUAGCUUUCACCCGGUGAGCGCCGGCCUUCCCUGGUUGCCUGCUGGCUGUCUUGUGGGCAUCCCAGCCAAUUUUUGUGAUACAACCGAUGAUGAGCAUAAGAUUGCCAACCAUGUUGUUGUGAUUGAAGGCAAAGAAGUGGACUGGGAAAGCCCAGAAGGCCUGAUCUUGAAGGGCACCUUGACAUUUUCUCCAGAGGCUCAGAAGUUUGCCAUUGCAAGGGAGGCUAUGUAUUUGCAAAACAAUGGCCCCUUGACACGUGCUGUGGUUGCUCCUGUUUGCCUAGCUGGAACGUACGUCUGUGGAGUGGCCAUUAAGCAGCUCUUGGGCUUGUAUUCUGGUCCAGUGCUUUUACGAGGACUUUACAACAUAGCUGUGCUGGCAGUUGGACUUCUGGGCUAUUGCCUGUCUUAUGACGCUGUAAGCCAAGCAGUAGAGUACAAGGCAGACAGAAGUGCAGCCUCCAUAUCUACUGACUUUGCUAGGGGUGGCGUGGAGUUCUAUAAUAAAAUCCUAUCUCAGAACAAGUCUUUCCGUGCGCUCAUGGGCAAAAGUGGGGAGAAGAUAUAUGCUCCAAAUGGUAACCUUUCCCCAACGUACUGGAUCAGGUUGAAACACGCGCCAUAUACUUCCAGAAGGGACUCGAUUAUCAAUAUUUUAAACCUGCCUCAAGCAUAAAGAGGCAUGAUUGAAUUUUUAACUUGCAAAUUAUGUAUUCUCUUUGGAAGGCUGCUGCCCAAUUUUUAAAGAUUUUAUUAAGUGUUUCCAUUUCAGGAAAGAAAAGGCUUGAUUUUGUUUGAUUUUAAUUUUUUGUUGUCAAAGAUUCCCAACCUGUGUUCACUGAAAAGCCUCUAUCUUAAAAAAUUAAAGCCACACUUCAAAGGC